CGGGCCGGCCGCGGAGCAGCCUGGGAUCGUGGCGGACUCGGCGGCGGUGUCGGAGCGCGGCGGGGACCGGCGGCGGCGGCGGCGGCGAUGGACGUCUUCCUCAUGAUCCGCCGUCACAAGACGACCAUCUUCACCGACGCCAAGGAGUCGAGCACCGUCUACGAGCUCAAGCGCAUCGUCGAGGGCAUCCUCAAGCGGCCCCCCGAGGAGCAGCGGCUCUAUAAGGACGACCAGCUCCUGGACGACGCCAAGACCUUGGGCGACUGCGGCUUCACCAGCCAGACGGCCCGGCCCCAGGCGCCCGCCACCGUGGGGCUGGCCCUGCGCGCCGCCGACGAGGCCUUCGAGGCGCUGCGCAUCGACGCCUUCUCCAGCCCGCCGGAGCUGCCCGACGUCAUGAAGCCGCAGGACUCGAGCGGCGGCGCCAACGAGCAGCCGGUGCAGUGAGCGCGCGCGGGUGCAAGGCGGCGGCACACGCGUGUGCGAGGAGCACGGACCCUCCCCACCCCCCCCCCCCCAGCACACACGCAUACACACACGUGUCAGGGGUUGGGGGGCCCCGGACACCCCCCCCCCCCACCCCGGGCACACGCACACCUGUGAGCCAGGGGGCCCGGACCCCCCCCCCCCAACCCCUGACACACGCGUGUGUAAGGGAGCCUGGAUGCCCCCUGGUGCACACACACACACACGUGAGCAAGGGGGCCCAGAUACCCUAACCCCUGACACGCACAUGUGCGAGGGGGGCCUGGAUCCCCAACACUCUGACACACACAUGUGCAAGGUGGCAUGGACACCCCUCGCACACGCAUGUGUGAGGGGGCCCAGAUCCCCCCACACUCUGACACACACGUGUGCAAGGGGGCCCAGACACCCCUCUCUCCACACACACAUGUGCAAGGGGCCCUGGAUCCUCCACACUCUGACACAGGCGUGUGUGAGGCGGCCUGGAUAUCCCACCCCCUGACACACGUGUGUGCGACGCGGCACAGCCCCCCCCCCCCCGCUGGCGCACACGUGUGUGGAGCCCUAAAGCCCCAGCACACACGUGUGUGUGUGUGUGUGUGUGUGUGCACACACGCACACACACAAAGCGCCUUCUCUGUUCCCGCUCUGGCACACGCGUGUGCAAGCCGGCCCCCCCCCCCCCCGGCCCUCACCUGGCACACAUGCGUGUGCAAGCUGCCCCUACCUGGCACACGCGUGUGCGAGGCGCCUCCCGCCGCCGCCCAAUAAACUCCGCCCCCUCCA